AUGGCCGAGAAGAAUGAAGAAAAUGAUUAUUGUCCACUCUGUAUGGAAGAAUUAGACCUCACUGAUCAGACUUUCAAUGCUUGUCCAUGUGGCUAUCAAGUAUGUCUCUGGUGCUGGCAUCAGAUCAAAAAUGAAUACAAUGGUCUCUGUCCAGCUUGUCGUCAGCCUUAUGCCGAGCUCUCAAAGCAAAAGAAUCCACUUGAUCGGGACGAGGUCGUACGCCGGACCAAACAGCGUAAACAAAAGGAAAAACACGAACGACGAUCGGCGACGCAGACGAGACACUCGACGAUACCCCGUAAAAGUUUACAAAAUGUACGGGUUAUGCAACGAAACUUGGUGUACGUCAUUGGAUUGCCCGUACAAUUUGCCCAUGAGGACAUUUUACGCUCAAAUGAGUGUUUUGGUCAAUAUGGAAAAAUUAUUAAAGCGGUGGUGAACAAGUCGCACUUAAGUGCCGAUAGAAGCAACGCGACGGCAAGUGCGUACAUUACAUUUGCAAACAAGGAGGACGCACUGUGCUGUAUUUUGGCCAUUGAUGGAUACUAUCUAGACGGUAGUGUAUUGCGAGCUUCGUUUGGAACGACCAAGUAUUGUAAUUUUUUUCUUCGGAAUAUGCAGUGUAACAACCCCGACUGUUUAUACCUGCACAAACUGGGUGAAGAGGAAGAUAGUUUUACAAAAGAAGAGAUGCAAGCGGCUUUGCAUUCUGGGAAGGCGGCGUUCCGGGAUACGGCGAUGGCGAGUGGAGAGACAGAAGAUCGGGCAGGAUCACAGUUCCCGCCACCGCACAGACCUAGCGCAGCCUCCUCUAGGACAGGUACAUCUGCUAGUGCAAGAGCUUCAUCUCCAGCAAAAGCAACUUCAUUAGUCAGAUCACACAACGAAGAAGUCUACGGAGAUACACAGCGACAUGCACAGAGCGCAGCGGCAAUAUCGAAACUCAGACAAGCGUCAGGUGAUAUCAACAAUAGUUCAAGGUCUUUGUCGCAGGAUCAUGCCGGCGGAACACGAACACACAGCACAGAAUGUCCACCUAUGGCACGAGAAAAUUCGUACAGCAAAAUUGUCGCUGGGGGACCAAAUAGCAGUCACGCAAAUGAGGCAGCAAAGACUUUACCGGAUGAUAUACAAAGCAUAAAACCACAGCUGUGGGUAGACACAUCACGGGAAGAAGACGCAACACAUACUGUGGGGGCUGAGGUGAGCCCAUUAGAGGUACUUAAACUAGCGACAGGGUCGUCAACUGAACAACCAGCAUGGGCACAACCAUUCCCUAUUCCGUCAGUAUCCCAAAGCGAAAGGGAAGAGCAGGCUACAGCUACGAGUACUGCCACCAGCACUAGCACUGCAGCAGGCGUUUAUAGUCCGUUUGGGCUUGGCUUUGAAGGUGGCAUUCGUCGCGCCAGUAGUGUCACAGAUCUCAUGUCGAACUCAGCAGUGCCUGGCAGCGUGUGGGGAUCCUCAAACGCGUCAGACAGUAACCUCAGCUCGUUCCCGUCUGCCGCCGCAACAAUGACUGCUUCUAGGAGCUCCUCAUCGUCGUUUGCAUCAAUCGAUGCGAUAUUCAGUCAGCGAAACGACUCGACAGAGGCACUUGCGGGGCUGCUCGGCGUCCAGUUGGAUUCCAACCCAAUGGCGCAUGGUGUGCCUUUGACAGUGCCACCUAAGGAUGAACACAUAUCGCGCUUUUCUUUCGCGAAUCUUGCAGACGUUGGUCGUGGUGGUAUGCAGCAAAAAUCAGCUCGCUAUGAGUUGCUCGAUGGAACGACUGUCAACAACUGUCGCUCGUUUGGCGGGUUUGACGCUGCUCGUGCCGGAAAUGCUCCGUCAGUAUCUUCAGGGUUUCUUUCACCCACAGAUGGGUCCGGCUUCGCUCCACUUGAAAGCUCCCAACCGAAACGGCAUCAUGUGCCACUGCCGCCGCAUCCUUCCAGGUGUUCGUUUGGUGGCGACUUUCGCAACGGUGAGCCGCCACUUAGCGGUAGUGGCGCACUAGCCGGGGAGCCCAGUGGGCUCGCUUUUCUUCAGCAAAUGCUGCCGAAUGUGAACAUCAGCCUUGGAGGUGACUUUCCUAGCCUAUCUGGUCCAGGAUCAAGUGGGGUCGAUGCAGCGGCGACACCUGCUCGCAGUUCGAGCGCAGGACGUCGACUGUUCGAGCGCAGCCAUAGUACUGGUAACAAUUCGGUUUCGCCGGAUUCAUGGGACGGUGGAAGUCUUAGCUCUUUUGGCUUUGAUGGACAGUCCGACUCUCGGCGAGAAUCGAGUGUGCCAUCGUUCUAUGACCCGGCCCUUGUGCCACAGUCACUAAAUGGAUUCUCAAGCAGCUUCUACGGCUUGCAUUCUUCGAGCUCGAUGGCCCCCAGUGACAGCGAAAGUGAACGUCUUCGUAUGAAUAGCGACUUUGGCGGUGAUACAUAUCUGUCGAGUUCGCUUAUCAACAAUAGCUAG